AAGCAAAUUUCUUAAGCAACAUAUUUAAAAAAAUGGCUCAUAAAAUCGAAAGCGAAUUUUAUUUUAAAUUAAUAUAUGCUGUUCGCGAUCGCCCGUGUUUAUAUGCGAAAAAACACCUACAUUAUUACAACAGAGUUAAACGUAAUGAAGCCUGGCAAGAAGUGGGCGCAGCUACGGGUAGGCCAGGAAGUGACUGCAAAGCGCGCUGGAAGUUGUUACGAGAAAGGUUCUGUAAGCAAAUGAAGAGAGCUGAUGGUUAUUUUUCGUCUGACACAGACCCGUUUAAUGCGCAUGAAUGGGAAUACUAUAAGGAACUGCUAUUUUUAAAGGAAUCUAUUGUACCGCGACGUUCAAGACUUGGUAAGUGCGUACGCUCCAGCUCAGAAGAGCCUGCAAUGAAUGAAGUAUUUAUAAACGUAAAUGCCAUAGCCGAAGAGGACUCCUGCUCGUCACAUUCAAGUUAUUCAAAUUCUUGUGAAAUUCCGAACAAAACGUCAAAGUUCGAUUUAGCGCCAUUGAUAAUUGAACGUGAAACGGACGCAGAUUUAGGCGAUUACGAUAAACCAGAAAAACUGCAAAACAAAAGCGUUAGUACUAAAAGCAGUACACCGGUUAGUGGUGACACAGACAAUACAAUCGAAGAAUUAUUUGUAAAGAAUAUAGCGAAUUUAAUACGAGAUCUGCCGAUAGAAGUGAAGGAUCGUUUCCAGGCUGGCAUGUAUGCGGAAGUGUUCCGUUUACGUGCACAAUAUCGCAACUUCUAGAAUAAGCUAUCUUAAACGCACCUACUUCUUUAAAGGCUGCCUUUCAUUUUCAACUCGCACUUGCAUUCUUAAUUAAUUUUGUACCUUGACUAUAUACUGUAUAUGUAUAUACUGUUCAACUGAAUCAUGAAACGAAUAUUGAAUUAAUUUGUCUUGGUUGCUCCCAAUCAUUAUUCAAAAACAUAUUGAUUGAAUCAUGGUUCCCUGUAACCAAAAACCCACAAGUGUAUUUUCAUUUACGAUGAGUCUUACAUUUUGUAGUACAUUUGAAUUAUUAUAUUUGAAAGUAUAUUUACCUUAUG